AUGAGGAAUAACUUGUUUGAUAAAAGAAGUUCUAAAAAUUCUUUGUUUCUCCUUCACUCUUUCCAAGAGGUUAUUGAUUUAGCACAACAAGAAAUGGCAAGAACUUUGAUCCCCCUAGUGGGGCUUCUACUCUUAUGUUUGGGAUCAACCCUAGCAGGAGGUACAAAACAACACAUGAAAUACAAAGACCCCAAGGUUCCCAUAGAAGAUAGGGUAGAAGACUUGCUUUCAUUGAUGACUACUAAAGAAAAGAUUGGUCAAAUGGUUCAGAUCGAGCGACAAAAUAUGUCCACUCAUAUCAUGAAGAAAUAUUUCAUCGGUAGUUUGCUCAGCGGUGGGGGUAGCGUGCCUGCAAAGCAUGCUACACCGCAACAAUGGGUGGAUAUGGUAAACGAGUUUCAAAAAGGUUCUCUCGCAACCCGUCUUGGGAUCCCAUACAUAUAUGGUAUUGAUGCUGUUCAUGGACACAACAAUGUGUACAAUGCCACCAUUUUCCCUCACAACAUUGGUCUUGGAGUAACCAGGGAUCCUGAUCUUGUGAAGAGAAUUGGUGCUGCAACUGCACUUGAAGUCAGAGCGACCGGCAUUCCCUACGCUUUUGCUCCCUGUAUCGCGGUAUGCAGAGAUCCGAGAUGGGGUCGAUGCUACGAGAGUUACAGCGAGGAUCCCUCAAUUGUUCGAAUGAUGACCGAGCUAAUCCCAGGUUUACAAGGAGAUGUUCCAACUAAUCAUCACAAGGGUGUACCAUAUGUUGGUGGAAAGAACAAGGUUGCAGCUUGUUCCAAGCACUAUGUAGGUGAUGGAGGCACGGUUGGUGGCAUCAAUGAGAACAACACCAUUGUUAGCUCUCAUGACUUGUACAACAUUCACAUGCCUGCAUACUAUGAUUCACUUGACAAGGGUGUGUCAACUGUAAUGGCAUCAUAUUCGAGCUUGAACGGAACAAAAAUGCACGCUAACUACGACUUGCUCACCGGGUUCCUCAAGAACAAACUCAAGUUCCAGGGUUUUGUCAUUUCAGAUUGGGAAGGCAUUGACAGAAUCACAUCUCCACCCCAUUCAAAUUACACAUACUCCAUUCAACAUUCAAUCAACGCUGGUGUUGAUAUGGUAAUGGUUCCUUAUAACUACAAAGAGUUUAUUCAGGAUCUGAUAAAACUGGUGAAGAAGAAUGCCAUUCCGAUGAGCCGCAUCGACGAUGCGGUGAGAAGAAUCUUGAGAGUGAAGUUCACAUUGGGCAUCUUUGAAAACCCAUUAGCAGAUUACAGUCUUGCCAACAAAGUAGGCUGCAAGGAGCAUAGAGAACUUGCCAGGGAAGCUGUGAGAAAGUCACUUGUGUUGCUGAAAAAUGGCAAGUCCGCAUCAGACCAGCCUCUCUUGCCCCUCCCAAAGAAAGCACCAAAGAUUCUCGUCGCCGGAACUCAUGCUCACAAUCUAGGGUUACAAUGUGGUGGCUGGACGAUCGAAUGGCAAGGUCUUGAGGGAAAUAACCUUACUUCUGGAACCACCAUUCUCAAUGCGAUCAAAGCCACUGUUGAUCCAAGCACCAAAGUUGUCUUCGAUGAGAAUCCAGAAAGGAAAGUUGUCGAGUCCGGUGGGUUCUCAUACGCAAUUGUGGUGGUAGGUGAGCCACCAUAUGCAGAGACCAAGGGUGAUAACAAUAAUCUUACUCUACCUGAUCCGGGGCCGAGCACAAUCAACAACAUAUGCGGAUCCGUCAAGUGUGUUGUAGUCAUUAUCUCUGGAAGGCCUCUUGUCAUUGAACAAUAUGUUGCAUCAAUGGAUGCACUGGUGGCUGCUUGGCUUCCUGGUAGUGAAGGGCAAGGCGUGGCCGAUGUUCUAUUUGGUGACCAUGGAUUCACAGGCAAGUUGGCUAGGACUUGGUUCAAGAGAGUUAAUCAGUUGCCAAUGAAUGUUGGAGAUCCACACUAUGAUCCACUCUUCCCGUUUGGAUUUGGCCUACAGACUCAGCCAUCAAAGAAGCAUUAAUGCUUGAUUUUGUAAAUAUGGUUAAUGUUCAGAAAAUAUACACAUAACUUGGAGUAUCCAAAUAAUGUAAUGUAUUUAUGUUUGAAAUUUGUAAAUACAGAGAAAUAAAAUUAGGGUUUUAAAACUGUCAAGAACACACUCAAACAUUCUACCUUAGCAAAUCUCAUAACUGGACUUGCUCACUCUGCGCAGAAUGAUUCUGUUGAUCAGCAGCAGACAUGAAUUUGAGAAGCAGAACUUCUGGAAAAAGAUCUUACUCCUUCGUAUCAGUUGGAAAAAGAACUUCUGAAGCAGCAUCAUUAAAUUGGAGGAACAAUUAUAAACAGCAGCAGCAUUGCUUCAUGCUGAUAUGAUUACAAUCCAUCAGUUGCAGUAGCAAUCAACUCCAUCAGCGGAUUCAAGAAAAACGACGAGAAUUAUGGACAUUUCCCCAACAUGUUUCGCAACAAUUAAGCUCCCGAAAAGCAUGAGCAUCAAAUU